AUGAAAGAGGAUAUUUUAAUAUCCGAUUAUCAACAAAGCAUUAAAAAUUCUCCUAAUUUUUACCAACAAACCCCUUUUUUAACCAUUGCCAAAGAAUUAUUAAAAUUGCUAAAAGAAAACAAAGUGGAAAAACUUAUUUUUUUGUCCGCUUAUGAUAAAAGGAAAUUUCCGAAUGAGGACCCCCGAAAAAAGCAAAUAUUUAAAGAUAGUUUCGAAAAGGCGGCUGAUUUUGAUAUGGUAAUUGAUGAUAACCCUCAUAUUUGUGAAAAGGUAGCGAAAAAUAUCCCUCAGAUUAUGGUUUUUUCCCCUCAUUAUCCUGCUGUCGAAAAUCAACACUACCAAAAAGUCUUAUUAAUUAAAACUAGUGUAAGUGGAGUAUUGGAACCAAGCAAAAUUAAUAUUAACGAUGUAGAGUAUACCGAUGGUGCUACCGCCCCAACCCUAAAAACGGAUUAUAGCCAAGAAAAACAAGCCCUUUUAGAUUUAGAAAAUUUACUAAGUAAUUUAGCAACUGAAUAUCCAACCAGAGAUUUAAAAGAAGGACCGGAAGCGGAAAUUAAGGACCCGACCCCCAACCUCGCAAAAUUACAAGCCUAUCAAUUUGGUAAUGUUAAUAAUGUUAAUGUUCCGAAAGAUAUGACAAAUAUUAAGCACACUUUAUAUGAUUUAACUUUUGACAGUAAAAAAAUUUUUGAAGGAGGUUAUAAAUUAACUGAUAAUGCAGAACUUUUAAUCCAACCGGGUUUAUACAAAGGUUUUCCUAAUUUAGACCCCAAUUUAGAGACUAUUUUAAACCCUUUUACUAACAAGUUUGAAGUAAAUCCGAUAGACCGCAAUAAACCGGUGCGGUUAACUAAAAAAAAUAUUGACGAUUUUCGCACUCCUACUCCGGGUUAUACUGGUCAAUAUUCCGAUAUAUUUACUAAGAAACACACAAUUCAAAAUGGAGGAGGGGCUAAUAUAGAAGUUUACGUCAAUAGCGAACCACAGGAUUGCAUGGGUUUUCAGCCGGGAGAUUUUGGGUUUAGUGGAACUAAGAUAUAUUAUGAUAUAAUUUCGGCUCAAAAUGCGGAGGAAGCCAUGGAUUUAGCUUUUUUUGGAAAAGAUUACAAUUUGCCCCAAAGUGAUAAUGCUAUUCGGGAAGGCAACCCAAGACAAAACUAUCAAAAAAAUCCGAAUAUUAAGUUAAAAUUUGAUGAAGUAAAUGAUAACACCGGGGACGGAGCCAAAGAUGCUCCCGAUUAUGAUGACCCCCACAUUAAGCAAACUAUUGACAAUAAUUAUGAAGGCAGUAAACUAGCCCAAAAGAUUUAUGAAAAAUGUCCGCUGCCGAACCAAGACGGAUUUACCAAACCAGUUUUGGAGGAACUAAAAAAAUUAAUAAAAUGGUUAGAGGAGGCUUUCGGAACUAAAACCGCUAACACUGAAACUGAAUUAAAAAAGUUUAUCGCCGACAGUCAAACCCAAACCGAUAAAAAAAUAGCCUUAGAAAUCGCAAGAAAAGUUAAAAAUCAAGAUAACGACCAAAAGGAUUGCGUAGAUACCGCCUUGGAAAAAUUAGAAACACCCCAAGAGGAUAAACUCGAAAAAGCCCGCCAAAAAUUAAAAGGUUUAUUAACGGGUCUGAAAAUUGGUAAUAAAGAAGCCUACGAAGUAGUAUCCGCCUCAAUUAAAGAUUCGGAAACCGAUUUAGACAAAGCCAGUCAAAUUUUCGAAAAAUUACAAGAGAUUGAAAGUGCCGACGAAGACAACGAUGCGAUUAACCACUAUAAAAGAGAAGGGCAAACAGAAGGCUUUGGGGAGGAAAUGUUGAAAAAAUUAAAUGAUUGGGCUGAGAAACGAAAAGAAAGUCAUAAAGAAAUUAAAAACGCUAAAACCAAAGCCGAAUUCUUGGCUGCCAAAACGGAAUUUAUGGCUAAACCGGAAUAUAGCGAUAAAAAAGAAGAUUACGACCAAAUUUACUUCCCUCUUUUAGAAAAAGCGGCAGAAAUUCGCGAAAACGAAAAUAAUGCUAGUUCAGACGAAAAGGAAUUGGCCAAAUUAAUGACUGUUAUAUUAGAAGAUUUGGAAGAAAAAUUGAAAAAAAUUAGCGAGUAUGGCGAAGGAGGUGCCAAAAUAAAUGUUAUCGAAAACUUUUCCCUAGUUGAGAAACAAGCCCUCCAAAAAUUAAGUAAUAAAAUGAAAGAAAAAGUUCAAGCAUGA